UGGCCUAGAUUAUGAGCUCAAACAAGAGCGCUCGCUACAACCGUUUCUCCAGUGGCACACCAAGCAUCACUCCUGCUGAAAACACUAACGGGACAAGAAUGGAAACAACUUUCGGGCCAGCCUACUCUGCUGUGACCACCAUCACAAAGGCUGAUGGGACCAAUACUUUCAAACAGCAUCGUCGGACCCCAUCCUCCUCCAGCACACUCACCUACUCCCCACGAGAUGAGGAUGAUGGCAUGCCUCCCAUCAGCACUCCGCGCCGCUCCGACUCUGCCAUCUCUGUCCGCUCGCUGCACUCUGAGUCCAACAUGUCCCUGCGCUCCACGUUCUCACUCCAUGAGGAAGAGGAGGAGCCAGAGCCACUAGUGUUUGCUGAACAGCCCUCUGUGAAGCUUUGCUGCCAGCUGUGCUGCAGUGUGUUCAAGGAUCCAGUCAUCACAACCUGUGGGCACACGUUUUGCAGAAGAUGUGCCUUAACAUCUGAGAAGUGCCCUGUGGACAACGCCAAGCUGACGGUGGUGGUGAACAACAUCGCGGUGGCGGAGCAGAUCGGGGAGCUCUUCAUCCACUGCAAGUACGGCUGCCGGCCUGCAGCCAGCAGCAAGCCUGCUGCCUUCGAGGUGGACCCCCGGGGAUGUCCCUUCACAAUUAAACUGAGUGCCAGGAAAGAUCAUGAAAGCAUCUGUGACUACAGGCCAGUUCGCUGCCCCAACAACCCUAGUUGCCCACCUCUCCUGAAGAUGAACCUGGAGGCACAUCUGAAAGAGUGUGAGCAUAUCAAGUGUCCCCACUCCAAAUACGGGUGCACAUUCAUAGGAAAUCAAGACACCUAUGAGACCCACCUGGAGACCUGCAAGUUUGAGGGUCUGAAGGAGUUCCUACAGCAGACAGAUGAUCGCUUCCAUGAGAUGCAGGUGGCAAUGGCCCAGAAGGACCAGGAGAUUGCCUUCCUGCGCUCCAUGCUGGGGAAGCUCUCAGAGAAAAUCGACCAGCUGGAGAAGAACCUGGAGCUUAAGUUUGAUGUGCUGGAUGAGAACCAGAGCAAGCUGAGCGAGGACCUGAUGGAGUUUCGCAGAGAUGCCUCCAUGCUGAAUGAUGAGCUCUCGCACAUCAAUGCUCGGCUCAACAUGGGCAUCCUUGGCUCCUAUGAUCCUCAGCAGAUCUUCAAGUGCAAGGGGACCUUUGUGGGACACCAGGGCCCUGUCUGGUGUUUGUGUGUUUACUCCAUAGGAGACUUGCUCUUCAGUGGCUCCUCAGACAAAACCAUUAAGGUGUGGGAUACCUGUACCACAUACAAGUGCCAAAAGACUUUGGAGGGUCAUGAUGGAAUUGUACUGGCACUCUGCAUCCAGGGGAACAAGCUGUACAGUGGCUCUGCUGACUGCACCAUAAUUGUGUGGGAUAUCCAGAACCUGCAGAAGGUGAACACGAUCCGAGCACACGACAAUCCUGUUUGCACUUUGGUCUCCUCACACAACAUGCUCUUCAGUGGCUCUCUCAAAGCCAUCAAGGUCUGGGAUAUUGUAGGCACCGAGCUGAAGCUGAAGAAGGAGCUGACAGGUCUCAACCACUGGGUGCGAGCUCUGGUGGCUUCCCAAAACUAUCUUUACAGUGGCUCUUACCAAACCAUCAAGAUCUGGGACAUCCGUAACCUGGAAUGUGUCCACGUGCUGCAGACAUCAGGAGGCAGUGUCUACUCCAUCGCUGUCACAAACCACCACAUUGUGUGUGGCACCUACGAGAACCUCAUCCAUGUCUGGGAUAUAGAGACAAAGGAACAAGUCCGCACGCUAACAGGGCACGUGGGCACCGUCUAUGCCCUGGCUGUCAUCUCUACCCCGGAUCAAACCAAAGUCUUCAGUGCAUCCUACGACCGGUCCCUGAGGGUGUGGAGCAUGGACAACAUGAUCUGUACUCAGACGCUGCUGCGACACCAGGGUAGUGUCACUGCCCUGGCAGUCUCCAGGGGCCGCCUAUUCUCUGGUGCCGUGGACAGCACUGUAAAGGUCUGGACGUGUUAGCAAGAAGGCCAGAAGAGCCCUGCACACUGAAAGACCAAAACCACCUCCCUGCCGCUUGGCCUGCUGGGUGACUGCCACCACUCUGAGAUAUCUGCUCCAGCUCCUCUCCACACCCACCACUGCCUGCUGCUGCCCACCCACCGGCUCCUCACCCACUGUGAGCCUGGCUGGCAGCCCUCAGGACCACUCUGGCCCAUGGAUGCUCCAGAUAUUCCCUCAGAUCUGCUGGAUAGGAAUGGUAAUGCAGAGGAAGCCGUUCUGGUGCCUUCCUCACUGCUGGGUGCCCUCCUCUGCUGUGUCCCCACCAAGCUGAGGAGCAACUUUUUUGGGGUCUCCAGGCUGGACCAACCCCACUGAAGAUGCAGCGCAGCCCUGGGACGGUGAUGGGACUGAAUGGUUCAGCCUGUCGCAGGUCGGGGUGGGGACAUGGGGAGGCUGCUCCCCUUGUAAAUGGUAGAACUGAACAGUAGGCCUUGCCUCGGGUCAGGGCUCCCCACCCGUUCUCUGUCUCCAGGAUUUCAUUUUACUGCCAAGAUUUGGGCUGAUCCAUCUGGGAUCUUCUUGAGGUCUUCUCUCAAGCAGCCAGGUACGAUUUUUACACCACAGCAAGUUCUCAGAUCAAAUGACACAAGCCCCAUUGUCACCACCCUGUAAUGAUGCUCUCCACAUUAAAGAGGACAAAGCCUCCGUUGCGUUUUUACUCCCAUUUUCUACGGUUUUUAAGAUUGUGAUAGAGAUUUGAUUAUUUCUUCAUUGACAAUAAAAGCA